AGUCUCUCUCUCUCUCUCCAGGUUCUCCAUUCUACCACUUUUAGAUAUAAGAGCUACUCUUAAAUUGGUAUUCAUAAACACGAGCAGACCACAUUGCACAAACAGAAGCUCAAAGUAAGACGAAGCCAAGAAAGGUCAUAGCGAAAACACCAUGGCUGUUAGCACAUCACUGCCUCACUUUCCUGACCUUGUUAUGCACCAAAUCAUCCUGCGACUGCCCACUAAACCUGCCAUUCGCAUGAGCUCUCUAUCUAAACAAUGGGAAGGAGUAUGGUCUGCACUCCAUGUGUUAGAUUUCGACGAGGGAGAUCUGCCGCAUGGUAAUGAUGACAAUGACCACCAUACAAAGUUCAUCAACAUCUUGGUAAGGUAUUUGGAAUUCCGUAAGAAGGACAAGCAACAACCAGUCUUGGAUAAAUUCAGGCUUCACAUGGCGAGCUACAUGUUUGGAGAGGAUGAUUCUGUAAUAGCUAAGUUGUUGAGUAAUUCAUUUCAGAGAAAUGUCAAAGAAUUAGAUGUCAGCCUUAGGAGUAAACAUAAGGAGGUUAACUGGUACUAUUGCUUAUCCCCUGGGGCACUUGUUAAUGCAAAAUCCAUAACUGCGCUGAAUUUGGAGUGUCUGAUGAUCAAGGACAUUGACAGUGCUGAGACUGAGCCCUUGUGUCCCUCUUUGAAAAUUCUAUCUCUCAAGAAUGUGCAUUUUAAUCCCAAGGCUCUCCUUGACUUGAUUUUGGGGUGCCCUUCAGUUAAGUGCUUGUCAUUAACUUCAUGUUCCUUUGACCCCCCGGUGUUUCAGAUUUCAAGUAGCAGUCUCAGAUCAUUGGAAGUUAAGAAUUGCAAUGCUCAGAGUCUUCUAGUUGAUAGAACUAGGGAUCUUGAAUCUUUUACAUUCGUUUCAAAUUUUCUGCUUCUUGAGACUAUAAUCCUGAAGGAUACUGUCAACUUGAAAAAGAUCAAAAUGCGUGCUCAGCACCUGAAGUAUUUUGGAUUACUUGGAUGCCACAAUAAUUUGAAUGCUACAGUCAGUACUCCAAAUCUACACCAGUUUGAUAUCUUUGCUUAUCUGACGUCCAAAGUUUCUAUCAAUGCUCCAAACUUAUGCUUGGCCCGCAUCACACUCCGGGAAGAAGAAUUUUCUACCUUCAACCAGGAAUGGAAACAUUUUGCUACCUUCAGUGACUUUCUUAAAGCAUUUGGUUGCUCCAACAAUAUAAUCCUCUAUAUAAGUGAUUUCAAGAGUAUCAUCUUUCCUGAAAAUUUCAAAGGGGCCUGCUAUCCGCCAUUGCGUAUCCUCAGGCGUCUUCAUCUUGGAAUGAUUAACCCUCCGACAGAGGAGAUGGAUGUUUCUGACCUGGAGGAUUCCUUGCUUUGGAUGGCUCCUAAUGCAGAGGAGAGGAUUUAUUAUCCUAAUAGUCUUCAGCUCCUGAUGGCUAACCCUCCAACAGAGGAGAUGGAUAUUCCUUACCUAGAGAUGUCCUUGCUUUGGAUGGCUCCUACUCCAGAGGAGAGGUUAUAUGCAGAUUUAGAAAGAAUGCAGUAUCAUAUGAGGUUAUGAAGUAUAGACAGCUUGUUAGCUUCUUUUUAGAAGACUAAGAUGAGUUGUGUCAGCUUCAUGUACUACCUUGUUGGCAAAGCAGAGUUUCUCUUGUUUAGUUGUAUUCUGUGCCUUUUUAUUGCCCUGAAGUAAUAUUAGUUCCAUAGGUGAUGCUGUGCAGCUUCACCAAUUUUCUUGUAAGAGAUACUGGGGACUUCUUAAACAUA